AUGGCUGAACUCGAUUUGAACCUGCUAUUUGCAGGAUGGCUCGAAGCCCACGCAGCUGAGCUCACGAAGAAAGGUUCCAAAUUGGGAUUCGCCUAUACUAAGGCGUUCAACAAUGUCAAAAACCACUCGCAACCCAUUGAGAACGCGAAACAUCUACGGCAGAUCUCGUGUGUGGGCCAGAAAACGUUUGAGUUUCUCUGUUCGAAGCUCAAGAAGCACUGCGAGGGAGAGAACCUCCCGUUUCCAGAAGGAUUUGCGUCGUUUUUGGAGGAGAGAGUGGGCGGGAAGAGAGCACAUGAGCUAGAUGAUGAGACAUCGAAGAAAAAGCCCAAACGCAGGAGCCUGUGGGUGCCCAAACGCAGGAGCCUGUGGGUGCCCAAACGCAGAUCUGGUUCUUGGGCCAUACUAAUAGCAUUAUAUAGGAACAAAGGAAUGGAAAAGGGUCUAAGGAAAGAGGACAUUAUUGAAAGCGCCUCUCAGUACUGCGACCACUCCUUCACAGCCAACCCAGCAGCCAGAGACUUCUAUUCUGCGUGGGACGGCAUCAAGACCCUUAUGAAUCGAGAGCUAGUUGAGUGUGUGGGAAGGGCGCCAAAACUAUAUUUACUUACUGAGUCUGGUGUGGCGAUGGCUCGUGUGAUCAUGCAGCAGGAAGACAUUCACUCGUCUCCAGCACCAACAGUGGAUUUGAGCUUUGACAAUGGCGUUCGAGUUACCCCAGAGCUGUCUUUCAUACCACAGCUGCAGAUGGAUACUCCAUCGAGUCCCUUAAGAACUAAAUUGAAUCACGAUGCUGCUCGAAAGAUUUACAGGAAUGUGCCUUACGAUGUAUGGAACCCUGAGGACUACGAGGUGGCCGUAUUGUUUGACACAAGAGAAAUGCGGUCGCAAACAGAAAGAGAUUUCUUUCAAAAAAGAGUUUCCCAUCACAAUAUCUCGUGCGAUGUUCGGGCGCUUUCUGUGGGGGACAUCUUGUGGAUAGCAAGACACAAGCAUACUGGCAAAGAGGUGGUGCUCAACUACGUGUGUGAGAGGAAACGAAUCGACGACUUGGCCAUUUCGAUCAAAGAUGGAAGGUUCGUUGAGCAGAAGAAUCGUUUGCAAAAGUCUGCGUUGAAGAACGUCUACUACAUUGUCGAAGAGGGUGGUCUAUGUGACAUGGACCGGAUUUUGGAGAUGAAAAAUUCAAUCCAAACGGCGAUCUCCAUGAUCAUGACGGUCUCCAAGUUGUUUUUUGAGCGAUUCAGAAAGUCAGAUGAUAUUGUCGACUGGGUAGUCGCCAUAACCAACAUCUUACAAGAAAGGUACUCCAAGAUCCGACUUAUUGUACUUCGACCUGCUUCAUUGGAGAACCAAGCCCAAUACUCUGAAGUGCUACAAGCAUUCAGAGAGAAAUUUGAAUCUCGAAGAACAAAAUACGAAUGCGUCCAUUCGUUUCCCGCUUACCAGGCUGUCUUGUCCAAAUCAGAUAUGAUGACGGUGAAGGAGAUGUUCAUCUUGAUGCUCAUGCUGGUGCGAGGAAUCUCCUUGGAAAAAGCUGUGGUGAUACAAAACUACUUCCAGACGCCACGACGGCUCAUAGAGUACUACCUAGAAAACUCGGAAUUGGAAGAGGACGAAAAAGCUCAAUUGAUGUUUAAAAUGUUUGGGAAUCAUGUGGGAAACAAAAAAAUAGGUAAGGCAGCCCUGGCUGCGCUAUAUGAAGCAUGGGGAAAGGAGUGA